UCAUCCCACUCGUUAAUUAUCAUUCGCAUAUACACGUCGUACCUGCGCGCAUCGCGCAUGCGCCGCGCUGCCGGUUGCAGUCACCAAGACGUCAAAAAUUCCGCGCCGCGUCGCAGUACGAAUUCCGCCGUCCUAGUGUGCACGUCGGUGUGUUUCAUCUCGUAUAAUCGGACAACUUUACCACUAAAAGAGCGACAUGGCAGUCUCGCUUUCCACCGAGGACAAGUUGGAGUACCAUUUCUAUCCCGUGACAGCUGGGCAGAUCCAGUUCCGGGUGAAGGCGCCCAACGAUGCUCACAUCGCUCUUACCACGGGCCCCCAGGAGGGAGAUCCGAUGUACGAGGUUUUUAUCGGAGGAUGGAGCAACACCAAGUCGGUCCUGCGCAAAAAUAGAACCAAGCCUGAUUUGUUGGAGGUAGAAACACCUGGCAUCCUCAACGCUGACGAUUAUCGCGGUUUUUGGAUCAGAUGGAACGACGGGACACUUACGGUGGGCAAGGAAGGCGAUUCGGAUCCGUUUCUGAGCUACACCGAUUCAGAACCAUUCGGGAUCGGUUAUUUCGGCGUUUGCACCGGCUGGGGUGCCACCGGUGACUGGCUGAUCGAAGGUCGCAAACCCUUGAACACCCCUAACAAGCUAGAGUACAAGUUCCAUGCCGUGCGAAGCGGCUCGGUCCUGAUCGACGUGAAAGCCAAGAGCAAUGGACAUAUCGCGCUGACCGACCGGAAGGGCGAGUCGAGUCCCAUGUACGAGAUCAUGCUUGGCGGGUGGGAAAACAAGGCGUCGGUUAUUAGAUAUGAUCGCAAACAGCCUGACAAGGUGCGCGUGGACACGCCGAAUCUGCUCAGCGAGCGUGAGUACAAGAGGUUCUCGAUUACGUGGCUCGAGGGCCUCGUCACGGUCAGAUCGGGCGGUCAGAGCGGUGCCAUCCUCAUGGAAUGGCGGGACCCGAAUCCCAUCGGCGUGAGCUACGUGGGGGUGCGCACCGGUUGGGGCGCGACCGGAGACUGGAAACUCCGUUUCGAACAAUAUCCCGCAGUUACCGGUCAAAAGAAACAUCCUAGUACGACGCCGUCUGCACCGUUAGAAGUCCGUGGACUCGACGUGGGAAGCACGUGCUGGUGCGACGCGUCCGGUGGAAUGGUACCACCUGACGCGGUCGAGGGUGGAAACGACGACGGACCCUUGUUCGUCGGUAGGGCUCAUCACGAGGGUGCUCUCAUUCCCGGUAAAGUGAAGCCCAGCCAUUCCGUCUGCUACGUCGCUUGGGGCGGCGAGGAGCAUGGAAAGACUGAUUACCAAGUCCUUUGCGGCUGCAAUCCCACGUGGGUGGCAGUGAGCGGCGGUGAUAUCCCGCCGAACGCAAUUCCGGGUGGCGAGACUGAGGAUGGCGAGCCGUUGUUCGUCGGUCGCGUGCACCAUGAGGGCACUCUGACCAUCGGCAAGGUGCAACCCUCCCACAGCGUGUGUUACAUACCUUUUGCCGGCACCGAGGUUGCUUUCCCCGAGUACGAGAUCAUGGUCAAGCAGUAAUCGUCAAGGGAAGCUUUCUGAUCACGAACGAGAAUUUGAUGGGAAUCGUCGACUUAUCAGCAGUUCUGCGGAGAGGAGACAACUUCGAAGGAGAUGGCGAUCUUAUAUUAUAAUUAUGUUACAAAGUUCAAUGAAAAAAAAAAGAAAAUGCCAAUAGACAGAAUCAAUAAUUUGAUUACACGAAGAUAGAUCUGUUUCUGAUCUGACAUUUUUUUUUUAAAUAAAGAUCUAUGUAUUUAUUGAAAAAUAUGGAGAAGGAAUCUCAAGUGUGCAAACUAGUCUAGUUUAUACUGUAAGUCGACAAUAUUUACGCGAAGGCUGCUGUAGAACUGACCGAUAAGCCGGCGAUAUGCGCUGAAUACAGUCUAUCGUCUACGCAAGCGUCUGCUUUUCGCACAGAAUAUAAUUGCGGUCGCACGCUAUAGGAAGAGAGCAAAUUAAACGAUAAUACAUGUAUAGCUCGACUAUAAAUGUGUAUGUUUACGCUAUAUGUACUCUUGAUCGCUGCGCACCGGGUAUACCGUCCGGGUAAACUGUUAUUUUGUCGUCUCCAUCGUGAGGUGACAAAUCAUAAAUAUAUAUAUAUUUUUCAUGAGACAGCUAUCGUUUUUUCUAACGCACAAUAUAUAUAUAUAUACUUCAAGCUUCUCGUCAAAAAGUAUAUUUUCGGAGAUUCUGUAUUGCUAUAUAACAGAGAUUAAAUGUACGUCGACAAACA